AUGAGCUCAAGAUUACAUACCCUGCCGCCAGCCCUUAGAAAUUCCCUAUAUCUUUGGAGUAUACCACCGGAUCUGGCACUGUUUCCAAGACGAAGCUUUUGGACAGAACCCAGAAAGCAAGUAAUGGAGGGAGCAGAAGACGGUUCGAUUGCUGUAUCGGGUAAAACCCGGAUCACAAGGAGAAUUCAUAUACUGGGAGUCGGAAAUAUUGGAGGCUUUGUCGCGCACUCCCUGGCUUCAUUGCCCAACCGACCUCCGAUGACUUUGCUCUUGCACAAAAUAGAGCACUAUUCUGCCUGGAAAAAGCAUGAAAGACGCAUUACACUUGUGAAACACGGAGUUGCAGAGCCUAGAAAUGGGUUCGAUAUCAAUGUUCUUAGAGACGGCGCUUGGUACGAGCCAUUUGUACCGGAUGAGGCAAUAGAAGAGCAAGCCGGAUCCCUUCCACCACGAAGUAAACCAGAAGACCAAUUUAUCAAUGUGGACGACGAAAAAAUUGAUAGUUUAAUCCUAGCUGUCAAAGCAACCCAAGUUGAACAAGCUUUGAAGUCUGUACGUCACCGGCUAUCGCCUAAAUCUGCAAUCGUGUUUCUUCAAAAUGGCAUGGGUGUACAGGAUGAAGUAAACCAGAAGAUUUUCCCGGAUCCCGCCUCAAGGCCAAGUUAUAUUCAGGGUGUUACCACUCAUGGACUCCAUUAUACAAAAGCCUACCACAUAACUCAUGCUGGAGUGGGAACGUCUGCUUUCAGUAUCGUCUAUCCUGAACGCCCACAGUCACCCCCUGAAGACACGGGAAAACCAAGGGCUGAAUCCAACGAUCGAGAUUUUUGGGAUAUUUCGUCAAUAUACUUGACAAACACAUUGCUGCGCUCUCCGGAACUCACACCUGUUCGAAUAACCAAAAUAGAAAUGUUACAACAUCAGCUUGAAAAACUUGCUAUUAACUGUGUCAUUAAUCCCCUUACUGCUCUUAACGACUGUCUCAACGGCGAUCUUCUUUACAAUUAUAAUAUUUCCCGUGUUCAAAGACUUUUGCUUAUCGAAAUAUCCACUGUGAUCCGUGCCCUUCCAGAAUUACAAGGUGUGCCAGGUGCAAUGUCUCGAUUUUCCCCUGAACGACUGCGCACUUUGGCUGUUGGCGUCAUGUAUAAGACUGCUACCAAUACGAGUUCCAUGCUUCAAGACAUAAGACUGGGCAAAGAAACCGAAAUUGAUUAUAUCAAUGGGUAUAUUGUUCGACGAGGAGAAGAACUGGGUAUUAAGUGUGCACUCAACUAUAUGCUGGCACAAAUGGUACUAGCGAAGGCUAGGAUGCUAUCCAAACAGAUUCAAGACGAAAUUCCCCUUUCUUCUUCUCCAGCAAAAUAUGAAUCUAUUAUGUGA